GCAACUUUGGAAAAGAGAGGCUGUGCCCAAAUACGUAGAUGCUACGACAGCAUAUGAACAGUCGCACAGCGUGGUGGCGACUCCUUUUUAAGUGUCUAUCAAACAAAGAGCAUCUACACUGCGUCUUCACCAGUAAAAACCCCGCGAACAUCUUCCCUUUCUGUGAGACCGAAGCAGAGACCCUUCGUCACUUCACACGAUGUCGCUGCCUCACAGUCAGUUAUGCUGAAUCAGGUGUGGGACGCACUCCAACUUCCUCGACCACGACCUAUUAUAGCAGUAACCUUCGACCCAUGGGUACCAUUCUUCAAAUUGUCUGGACCAUGCACUGGCGCUCGGUCCUCGACCCAACGCCAUAAAUCAUGAUCAUGUAUGAUAGCAAUAAAUUACUUUAUGCUACUAACUUAUGACACCUCCCUCUCCCCACACUAUGCACUUAGUAGGGGUCGCAAUUGGACGGGUCGGGUCGGGUCAAGAAAACACUGGCCCGAAGGAAUUAUAGGAGCCAGUUUAUUUCCUAUACUGUACGUGUAGACAAGUAAACUUGACCCACGGUCACUUACAAAAACAAUGCACCAUACCUGGCAGGGGCAGGUGCAAAGGAGGGGACGGGGGAUGAUAGCGGAUAGUGUUAUGCAAGUUGUCUUAUCUCUGUACAGCUUUCCCGUCAAUGUUGCUCAUAAUGAAUAUGAAAUUGUUUGUUUGGUUGUACCGCGUCGAUAUUGACCGGUG